GUAUUAUGUGAAACUACCUAAACAUUCGAACUCGACACGAUAGUAUGGAUCCAAAUAUGAGGGCUGACUUUUCGCUCGUCACGGAAGGUUUUGUGUUGUAGGAAAUUUCUGUAAUCUAAUUCAAUUAUUAGCCCUUUUUCCGAAAUGUUUCCCUUAAAUUUCAACAAUUUGUUUCUAGUACCUCCUGCUGUAAUUACUUUCUUGUUUUGUUUCGCUGUAGUAUAGAAUAUGCCCUUUAUUUACAAGCCUUUUGUGAAUCAGUAAACUUGACUUCUUAUUUACGUAGAAAAAUAGUGUAUUCAUGAAAAUGGAAAAUGGAGUGACGUGCGACCAUCUGAAUAAACUAGCUGACGUUCUGGAGAAGGAGUUGUGGCAGUCGAAAGAGGCAUUAACAUGCAAUGACUGUGGCUGCCCCGGCCCCAACCUCUGGAUAUGCCUGCAACCUGAAUGCCAUCACAUCGGCUGCUCUGAAGUUAAAAAUGACCACAGCACUUUACACCAAAAGAAUCUUCCGCUUCACUGCGUUCACAUGAAUGUGUCCACUGAGCGGAUAUGGUGUUAUCUUUGCGAGAAAGAGGUCCACAUCAGAGCAGCUUUGGUGCACGCGGCAUGUAGUCCGGACUCCACAUGCGUAGAAGGCCCCGGCCGCCUCGGCGCCGUGGGCCUCAGCAUGGCGGAGGACGAGCUCGACCCUGAGGAGAUGGAUUAUGAUGACGAGGCCAGGCCUAGAGAUCCCCGCCCAGGUCUGGUGGGCCUCCAGAACAUGGGCAACACGUGCUACAUGAACGCGGCGCUGCAGGCCCUCAGCAACACGGCGCCCCUCACGUCGUACUUCCUGGAGUGCGCGGCCGCCGUCGCCGUGCUCGCCGCCGAUAAGAAGCCGGGGAUCAGCAGAGCAUACCAAAAAUUAGUAAAAGAGAUGUGGAGUAGGAAGACGAGAGGCUACGUUGUACCUAACGGCAUCCUUUACGGAAUACGUAAUGUGCAUCCGAUGUUCCGCGGCUACCACCAGCACGAUACGCAGGAGUUCCUGCGCUGCUUCAUGGAUCAGCUGCACGAAGAACUCAAAGAACCGGUGUGGGACAGCAGCAUGGAGGACAAGCUGGGCUCAGAGGCGGAGGGCGACCCGGGCGCGGCCCGCGACCUGCGCGUGCGCCGCCGCGCGGCCUCCUCUGGCGCAAGCGACGCUCCUUACUUUGCUAGAAUGAGGCGAAAAUCACCAGCACCGUCGUCAUAUAGUGAAUCGCGAACUGAAGGUUAUUUAAGAGUGAACACCCAAGAACCCAUACCGACCCGGCAUCGUCGGUCCGCUAGUUUUGCGGGCACACACCAUCUGCAAUACAAUAUGUUUAAUCAACAGGCUAAUGGCGGCGAGGCGGGGCGCGCGCUGUGCGGCUCGGAGUCGUCGCUGUCGGUGUCGAGCGAGGCGGACGAGCGCUACGAGACCUGCUCCAGCGGCGCCAGCGACGCGCCCGACACCAGGCCCGACACCGGUAAAAACAUAGCGCCCUCUGGCGGCGGUGACGGCGUGUCGGGCGGCGUGCGCUUCCGCAGCGUCAUCUCCGACGUGUUCGACGGGAAGCUGCUCUCCUCCGUGCAGUGUCUCAUCUGUAAUAGGGUGUCGACCCGCGUGGAGACGUUCCAGGACCUGUCCCUCCCGAUCCCGUCGCGCGAGCACCUCGCCGUGUUGCGCUGCCAGCAGCCCAUACUCAACCAUCACGUGCCACACGCGGGGCAGGAGUCGUGGGUGUGGUGGUUGCUCAGCUGGCUGCGGUCCUGGUUCUACGGGCCGGUCGUGUCGCUACAAGACUGCCUCGCUGCCUUCUUUAGUGCUGACGAACUUAAAGGCGAUAAUAUGUACAGUUGUUCCCGCUGCAACAAGCUACGUAACGGCGUCAAGCUGUCGGGCGUGGUCCGCCUGCCCGAGGUCCUCUGCGUCCACCUGAAGAGGUUCCGCCACGAGCUCAUGUUCAGCGCCAAGGUCGGGGCGAGGGUCUCCUUCCCCAUCAACGACUUGAAUAUGGCGCCCUAUACUCAUAAAGACUGCACGUCAAAGAUAACCCGUUACGAGUUGUGCGCGGUGAUCUGCCACGCGGGCACGGCGGGCGGCGGCCACUACACGUGCGUGGCCCGCAACGGCCGCGGCUGGUACACCUUCGACGACCACUGCGUGCAGCCGCUGCCGCCGCACCAUCUGCCGCACUGCGAGGCCUACGUGCUCUUCUACAGGAAAGUGAACCCCCAAAUGGUAACGUUAAGACAGAAAGCCGCAGAAAUAUUGGAGUCAACCAGCGUCGAACCCAACGACAUAAAGUUUUAUAUCUCCAAGCAGUGGAUCAACAAGUUCAACACGUGGGCGGAGCCGGGCCCCAUCGACAACAGCGACUUCGUGUGCUGGCACGGCGGCGUGCGGCCCGACCGCGCCCCGCACCUGCACCAUCUCGCCGCGCUCGUGCCGCAGCGGCUCUGGGAGUUCCUCUAUCUGCAGUUCGGCGGCGGGCCGGCCGUGUCGCACGUGCACGAGUGCGGCGUGUGCGCGCGCGCCGCGCAGAGGCUGCGCACGCGCCGCACCAGGGAACUCGCCGCCUUCUGCGACCUGCACACCAGCUUCCAGGAACAAGAGCGCCCCCACGCAGUGUACGCGAUCAGCAUGCACUGGUUCAGGCAGUGGCAGGCCUUCGUGAGGAACAGGACGCAACAGCCGCCGCCGCCCGUCGACAACAGCGGCAUCGUCAGCAAACAGGAGGUGGACGGCGUGACGACGCUGAGCAUCAAGCCGGGCUCGGACCACGCGCAGCUGAGCGAGGAGCUGUGGCGGUUCUUCACCAGCAUCUACGGCGGCGGGCCCGAGGUCCGCCUCAAGUCGCCCGUCACGCACCAGCCCAUCCUCGCAGACAACAACAAGCCCUUCGACGCGCGCCGCCUCUCCCGCAAAUACUCAGAGUCGGACAAGGAGGAGUACUGCACCAAGUCCACCUCGGAGAUGAACAUCCGAGACUCCGUCCACGGAGAGCAACAGAAGAACCAGUCCCUCCAGAACAUUAACCGAUGGUACUACGGGGAUUCGGACGAGGACGUGACGUACAGAAGGACCAGCUUCCAGUACAAGCGGCACGAGCCCAACGGCAACUACCAGGACUCGGACGACGACGACAUGGAGGCCAGCCCGCCGCGCAACAACACCGUGCGCCUGGAGAACGGCGUGGACAGCUCCGACCACGACGCCAACGACAACCCCGUGUUGCCGCCGCCCGCCGACAGGCUGCCCGACGCCGACCUGCCCAACCUCGACAGUAUAUCCCUCAAAAGCAAGCCCUCGAAAAUCGGCAAAGUGAGAAAAAUGAAAAGACGGACAGUGAAAUGAUUCUUUCUAGCUUUCCAGUUCGUUCACAGGCUGAGGCAACGGGUCUCGGCCCACAAACAAUACGUUUGAACGUUUGCAUUUGAACAUUCCUUUUUUCGGUGACUGGUGUUAAAAUACGUGCAUUUGUAGGUUGAACGAACCUUAAAACUUUGGGACUCUGGUCUCUCACUUGUUUCGUAAAAACGAUAUUUUUCUAAAGCAUUAUAUUUAAAUCAGCGGCCUCCGCGCCCGGCUAUCGGGAGGGUGUUAGUAUUUUUAGUACAAUUUUAAUUUAGUUCAAAUUCAGGUAUAGAUAAACUAGAUACUUGAAUAAAAAUGAUGUUAUUGUGUAAUAAUCAUCGAACUGUAUAUUUACAAUAUGAAUGUAUAUCUGUGUAAAAUUCCAUUGACGUUAACCAAACACCCUAUAUGUGUAUAGAAAUUUCGUGUUUAUAGAUAGACUAUUGUCCUGACUGCAUUUCUUUCGUUUCCUCUUGUUUACCGUGGAUUAGGUAUUUAUUUUGUUAUUUCUGGUUCUAAGUCUAUGUGUUAUUUGUUAAAGAAUUGAUCAGCAAUAAAAUAUAUUUCAUCUAUAUUGGCUGCA